UGACAAUUUUACCAAGAUCUGGAUACUUCUAUUAAAUUCUGAUGGAGAUUUCAGAUUUCUAUGAUUGUUACUCGGCCCGGCCUUAAUGAGUAGUAACGUUGGCGUAAUAUGAAAGAAAAAAAAAAAGAUGGAAACAUCAAACAUUGCUGUAUUUGCGGUAGUAGCACUAGCUAGCAGACCCUGUCUCUCUCUACUCUCUCACCUGGAUAAUAACACCAGCCAUAAAUCAUACUUCAAAUCAUAAUAAUAACAAAUCAAAAGGGUUUUAGCGGGGAAGAAGGAGAGAGAAAUAGUGAGAGAAAAAAAAAUUAAAACCAUGGACUCCGACAUCGAUAAGCGUGCCAAAGAUCUUGUUACCAAAGAUUACAUCUCAGAUCAGAAACUUUCCAAUUCAUCAUGCAGUGAUACUGCUGUGGAGAUUUUGGUGCCCAAAAAGUCUCCAAUGCUGUUGAGGCUGGUUGUCUUAGUAUUUUCGAUGGUUUGUGGAAUCUACAUUUGUUCUGUCUGUCUCAAGCAAUUUAGCAUCGGUAACACUACCUCAUUCCUAAAUGUUCAAGUGAGCGACAAGCCGUGCUUAAGGCCAAAUCUUGAAGAUUGGGAAGCUCCUUUUGUGCAUUACCCUAAACCUGUUACUUAUAGCAGGGCGGAAUGUGCAUGUCAUCCAGUUCGAUACUUUGCCAUAUUGUCUACUCAAAGAUCCGGUAGUGGGUGGUUUGAGACCUUGCUGAACAGUCACAUGAAUGUAAGCUCAAAUGGGGAGAUAUUCUCAGUCAAAGUUAGGAGAGCUAACAUUUCAACUAUUGUGGAGACUCUUGACAAGCUUUACAAUUUGGAUUGGUUUAGCAGUGCUUCAAAGAAUGAAUGUAACACAGCAGUAGGCUUGAAAUGGAUGCUAAAUCAAGGAUUGAUGCAGCAUCAUGAAGAAAUACUUGAAUAUUUCACCAAAAAAGGCGUUUCUGUAAUUUUUCUCUUUAGAAGAAAUCUUUUGCGACGAAUGAUAUCAAUACUUGCAAACACAUAUGACCGUGAUUUUAAGCUGUUAAAUGGGACACACAAAUCCCAUGUCCACUCACCCCAUGAGGCUCAGGUACUGGCGAGCUAUAAACCUUAUGUUAAUGCCACAACUUUGAUUCCAGAGCUUAAGCAAGUUAAAAAUAUGGCAGCCAAAGCGUUAGGGUACUUUAAUAGCACCCGACACAUAUUGCUUUACUAUGAGGAUGUAGUGAAAAAUCGCGCUAAUUUAUUAGAAGUUCAAGACUUUUUAAGGGUUCCAAGAAUGAAUUUAACGAGUAGACAAGUGAAGAUACACAAGGGAUCCUUGUCCGAACAGGUGGCAAACUGGGAAGAUAUUCAAAGGACUCUCAAUGGGACCGAGUUUGAGGGAUUCCUCCAUGCUGAUUAUAGAUUGUAGGCUUUCUGAUGUCUCAGAUGUAAAUAGCUUCUGAUUCUAAUCUCAUUUGCCUCUUAAUUUAUGCACUAUUCGUAGGGAGGAAAAUUUUUGGUAGCACAGGUUUGGUUUCCAGAUUUUACAGCUGUUUUACUCUUCCGUCAAAUGAUUCAUUCAUUCUUCUCUCUCGGUAGUUCCAUUCUAUUGAGCAUAAAUUUUGGAUGACAUUUUAUUGAACCAGAUGAAGAUACUUUCUCCUUCGA